AUGAUACAACCAAACCUUAGAAGAUCAACCGUGGCCUCAAUCAUUAGAACUUUCCGCAAUGAGAACCGAAUUGAGAUUAGACCCAAUAAUGGAGGCAGAGGCAGACUCCUCACUGAGGAACAGGAACGGGCUGUGAUCAACAUGGUCCGGGCCAGAAAUGACAUUCGGCUUAGAGAAAUCAGACAGAACAUCCUGGACGAUGAAGAUCUCUUCAGGAAUGUGGAAGCCAUAAGUUUGCCGACCAUUGCACGUGUUCUGAAAAGGCACCUGGUGUCCCUCAAACAGUUGUACCGUGUGCCUUUUGAAAGAAAUGCAGACAGAGUGAAGCAACUGAGGAUUGAGUAUGUUCAGAGGGUGAUGGCCCUGGAUGCGGAUGACAAUCAUCACAAAUUUGUUUUCGUGGAUGAGGCAGGCUUCAACCUGGCCAAGACAAGGAGGAGAGGGCGAAAUUUAAUUGGCCAGCGGGCAACCAUACAAGUACCUGCACGACGUGGGGCCAACAUCAGUAUGUGUGCGGCGAUAUCAGAAGAUGGUGUGGUAGGGCGUAGAUCUCUGAUUGGCGCAUACAAUGCAGAGCUCCUUGUUGCAUUUCUUGAUGAGCUAACUCUAGUCUGUAGAGCUGUUGGUGUAAUUUAUGUCAUUGUGUGGGACAACGUCAGGUUCCACCACGCUCAUCUGGUGCAGGCAUGGUUUCAGGCCCAUCCACAGUUCCUCACUGUGUACUUGCCCCCAUACUCUCCUUUCCUUAACCCCAUUGAGGAAUUUUUCUCCACAUGGAGGUGGACAGUGUAUGAUCGGCAUCCGCAUCAACAAGUGACCCUUCUUCAGGCCAUGGACAAUGCCUGCGAUGACAUUACAGCAGACCAGUGUCAGGCCUGGAUUCGCCAUGCGCGAAGGUACUUUCCAAGAUGUUUGGCAAACGAAAACAUCUAUGCGGAUGUGGAUGAGAACCUGUGGCCCAAUCCACAAGACAGGGUUGAUGGGGAUGACGAGUGAUUGUUGAUCCUUUGUUUAGCUUUUUUUUCUUACUGUACAGUAGCCAGGUGAGGAACACGGCAGUUUGUUUUGCAGGACUUUUUUUUUGUUUUGUUACAGUAAUUGUUGCUUUCAUUCAACCUAUGUUGUCAUUUAGUUUGUAUUCAUCAAUAAAUUUCAGCUUUGUUCAAUGAUUCCACUGUGUCUGUGGUAUUCUCUCUACUAAUCCUUUUACACUGACAUUACGUGUAGCACAGGAUGAAACAUGUAUCACAUAUUUUGUACUACAAUAUUUAAUGGUUGUACGAACAACUAAACAGUGAAACUAUGUGUAUGUUGUGUGUGGGUGAUCUAAAGAAAUGUCCCUAUGGUAUUUCAUGAUAAAUGAGUUGUUUGAACCAA